AUGGCCUUCCGACGAGCACACAGUAACUAUGUCAACCUGGGCAAACUGUACAGCAUUCCGCCUUGGGGCAUCGUACCACCCUAUGGCCUAGCCAGACCACAAAGUAACUCUGUGAAUCUUGGCAAUCUGUACUCGCGCCCCCAAUCCAAGCGUCCUGCGGGCUGGGCCUACUUUGAAGAUGGCUCCGUCUUCAUCCUGCCCUUUGGAUGGUGCGCCCACAAUGUCUUCGAGUCGCGCAUGAAAAUUGCUGCGCACUUCGUCAAUGGCCCUACGCCAAGGAUGCAGCAGGUACAAGCCAAGAACCCGCAUAUGAAGCGCUUCGUCGUCAUCAACAAAGACGGUAUCCAAAUACGGAAUAACACGCUUCGUAUCCUAGCACGCAAUGCUCAAGACGGACAAAGAGUGUCUGUCGUUGACCCGCCGUUUGAAAACGUCGAAUUAAGCCUUGAUCCUACCGGGAGCCACCCAGUUUCGGCCCGCUUCAGUGAUGCUCCUCAAUUGAGAUACGAAUACCGACUACGGAAUAGUCAGGCGUUGGAGAAUUUCCGAGGCACAUUGGUUGGCGGUAUUCUACAACCUAACGUGCGUCUCGGGAACGGUCUGCGCUUAUCGAAUAAACCAGAGAUAUUGAAACCGCAGAUAACUGCAAAGAGGCGGGAACGGAAUCAGCAAGCCAGAAGACUUGAUGAAAGCGGGCAUCGGCCAUCGAAAUCACCCGUGAAGCAACUGCAUCAGUUGAAUGUGCCGUCUUUGAGAGAGCAAACACCACCUGGGCGCCCGGGGAAGCCGAUGCCUCUGUUACGAAAGAGCCCCCGAGCUCUCGACUUUGAGCGUCGAGAAGCUCAACUAGCAAAAAGAGAGCAGAAACUCAUAAAAUUGCAGCAGCAGUUACUCCAGACCAUGCAAGCUCAAAGUAUCAAAUCCAGCCAAGGGAAAAUACAUGGAACGCAAACACACGACUCGCCCGACCCCUCAACCGAUGCAAAACUCGCAGCCAUCGAAGAAAGAGAACGAGCACUCGAGCGAAAAGAAGAGCUCCUACGUUACAAACGCAAGACCUGGCUUCUAGAACAGAAACUCGCACAAGUCACUGCUCGCUCUCUACCUCGUCGUGGACUUCAUGAAACAGAGGCGGACGCACGAGAGCGUGGUGGAGAUGUCUCAUCCAACACUGGAAUGGAGCAAGAAGCUACUUUGGACUCUGAAUUUGAUGAUGCGGGUCAAAGUCACCCGAGGAGAAGUUAUAGUCUUGAUGAUACAACGCCGCCGGAGGCUCUUGAGAGAUUGAGAUCACGUAUUCAAUUGCCUACGAGGAGGAUGAUGAGGGCGGGUAGGGAGACUCGACGGCGGUGA